CGUUGUUUUUUGUUAGAUGAGCUUCCAAAGAAGGAGGACGGUCUGAGUGCCGCCACCAUGUCGCUUAUCUCGAAGUACGUGGCGCGCCAUCGUCUCCGGGAGACGGCCUUACUGGACGCCAUCGCCAAGUUCCUGGUCAGGAAGGCAGAGCAUCUGGACAGCAAGGUGAUCCAGAAGCUGGUGUUUCCCUUCAGCAGGAUGAGUUACUGUCCGUCCAACGAGGACCAGUUCUUCCAAGUCCUGGAGGAGGUUCUGGAGUCCAAAGCGUUGAGCUCCCCUCUGGCCACCGUCAACAUCCUCAUGUCGCUCUUCCAACUGGGCCGCUUUCCGGGCGCCGUCCUGCAUCGCGUCUUUUCGCCCACCUUCAUCAGCAACGUCACCAACAGCCCCUACGCCCUGAUCGUGCGCCGCUACCUGUCCUUGCUGGAUGCCGCCCUGCAGCUGGAGCACCCCCACUACCAAGGACCCCGCCUGCACCCUGACCUCAAGGUGCUCAUGUUCCACCAGGCCCUCACGGCCGAUGAGGUCAACCGCAAGUACAGGUAACGCGCGCGCACCUGUCACUCAGUCAAGCCA